GCCGCCCCCAGGGCCGCCGAGUUUCGAUUCCCCAGUGUUUGGAAACGGACGGAAAACAAACCGGGUCGCCAGAGGUCACCACGGGCUUCCGGUUUCCUCGAAGACACCGCCGCUUCCCCAGAGAAGGCAGCCGCUCCGGGAACGCCGCGGACGAAUUCCCAUUUCUUUAGCCUCUACUGCGCCGCAAGCGGCGCAGCCCGGCCCGUCGACUGGAGCUCCGGAGGUUGUGGAAGGAGGGACAAGCCGAAGAGGAGAAGCCGAGCGGCUGCCGAAGAAGGCCCGUUACCCAGCAACACGCGCGCGAGACCCAGGCCCACCGGCGCCCGCCUCGUCAGCGUCCGCACCGGCUGAUGGCCAUGUCGCGUUCCGCGGAAGGGAAGCGCUGUCGAGGGGGACUGGAAGGGAAGACGAGCAGUGAACGGCCGGAAGUGGAACUCCUCCGGUCCUCAGGCUGGGCUCCGAGGCCGCGCGAGCAAACCGGAAGUCAGUCCGCAGGGAGCUGAGAGGGCGUUCUCGAAGCCGGGGCUGUGAGGGGUGAGGGAAGGAGAAAGUGGGCGCGGCGUACUACGUGUCCCGUGAGUCUCCGCGGCGGGGCGGGGCCGCGGCGACGCGAGGAGCGGAGGCGGAGCUGGAGAUGGAAAGACAGGCAAUCCAGGGUUCCUUCUAAGGCCAGAAGAAGAAAGAACCCACCCACUCUAAAGAAAUAGAAAAUUGGACAAACUGGGAAAAAGCUUUAGCUUAUUUCUUUCCAGGAUUAAAUGCAUUUAUGGAAAAAGAACAACUGGAUGGUAAGAUAAUAGUAGAAUAUUGUAACACUGCAAUGGAUUCCUCAGCGGAAAACAAUAUGUAUGUAAACAAAGUGUGGGUUCAAUGUGAGAAUGAAAGCUGUUUGAAAUGGAGAUCAUUGUCAAGUGAGGAUGCAGCCAAAGUUGAUCACAAUAAACCAUGGUACUGCUUCAUGAACACUGAUUCAAGAUACAGUAAGUGCUCUAUUUCUGAAGAAGACUUCCCUGAAGAGGCUCAGCUUCAUGAAAGUGGAUUUAAGAUCAUCUAUUCACAGCUCCCUCUUGGAAGCCUGGUUUUGGUAAAAUUACAGAAUUGGCCAAGUUGGCCAGGGAUACUUUGCCCAGAUCCUUUUAAAGGGAAAUACGUGAUCUCUGACCUGGAUGGAAAUGUUGAACAAUAUCACAUAGAAUUCCUGGGUGAUCCCCAUUCAAGAUCAUGGAUAAAUGCAACAUUUGUUGGACAUUAUAGUAUCACAUUAAAGCCAGAAAAAUGUAAGAAAAAAAAGAAAUGGUAUAAAAGUGCACUACAAGAAGCCUACUUCCUCUAUGGAUAUUCUCAUGAGCAAAGACUGGGAAUGUGCCGCCUAUCCAAACAGGAUAAAUCCAAGGCAGAUGGCAAAGUUGCUGUGGUAGCCAAGAAAAGGAUGCAAGUUUCCAAAAACACUACUGAAAAGAAGAAGCCAAAAUUUAGAAGAAGGAAAAGGAAAGCUAUUUUUAAAUUCUCUUUUGAAAAUGUUUGUUCAGAUGAUGCCUUAUCAAAGGAAAACAUGGUUGUCUCUGAGACAGAGGCUAUGCUGAAAGAGCUGGAGCAAAUGCUGCAGCAGGCGCUAGAGCCAACCGCGGCCCCUGAUGAGUCCGAAGAGGAGCGGGAAGAGGAGACGCAGCUCGUUGCUUGGCCUGGGGUCACCACCGGAACCUCCUGGAGACCUGCCCUGCGGAGGACGCCCUUCCAGCACAGGAGAGCUCGCCACUUGGGAGCGGCGGCGCCCAGUUGGCGCCCACCCCGGGGCACACUGCAGUCAAUGCCUGGCGGCGACUUCUCGCUUCGCCCUCCGCCUCCCCCAUCGACCCUCUCUGGCCGACCUUUACGCCCAACUCGGGCGCGCUGCGAGCCUCGCGUCCUCGCCGUCCACGCGGGGCCCCACCCCUUCCCGGUUCCUGCCCGCGAUCGGGCCGGAGGCGAGGUGAAUGGGAAGAUGGAGAUGGAUGUUGAGGGAGUUUCUCCGCGCCCGGAGCCCAUCCCCCGCUCCCAGGGGGCUGGCGGAGCCUGCCAGGCGCCGCCACAGCCGCCCCAGCCCCAGCCCCAGCCCCAGCCGCAGCCGCAGCAGCAGCAGCUGGCUCAGGAUGAAGUGCCCGGCGAGAGUGCAGGCGCGGAGGACAGCGACGAUCCCGAGGCGAGACCCAACAGCGAGAAAGGAGAGAGCAAGUAGUUGUGGUAAAGUUUCUCCCGGCGAAUCCAAUGCUUGGCAGCUUCUUGGCUUGAUUCCAUUUCAUCAGCCAACCGCCGGGAGGCAGCGCCCGGCCGCUUAGCCUUACCUUUGGAAUCACAGACGUCUGAGCAAGAGAAUGGUGACCCACUUGAAGGACAGGUAUUU